GGACACUGGGGCGGAGCGCAGCACGGCGCAUGCUCACAGGGCGGGAGCCCCUCGCUGCCCCUGCCUGAGUUGGACGAGCCUGAGACGCGUCUGCGAGCUGCCCGUCCCGGAACCCCCCAGCCCCACCUGGCUCCACCUCUCGGGGGUGCAUUGCCAGAGCCCCGCACUCCCCGCUUGGCCGAGGGCAGAUGGAGGCAGCGGCGGUGGCCAACGGGAAGGCGGAGGGCGGCGGAGCGGCCAGUGGGAUGAGCGGUGCCAGCAGAGGCGCUGAGCCCCAGGGCGCGGGGCCAGAAGAGGACCAGAGAGAGAACCUGGAGGCGCCCAAUCAGCCGGCGGACGCCUGGGUGGCACCGGACGGCGCCUUCGCCAAGCGGAUCCUGCAGCCGGGCGCGGGGCUGGACAAGCCGACGCUGGGCGCCCUGUGCCAGGUCUUCCUGGAGGCGCCGCCAGGGGCGCCCCUGGGGUACCCCACCGACUGCUGGGCCCAGCUGGAGCUGGGGGAGGGGGACGGCGCCUGGGACGGCCUGGUGGACGCCUGCCUGGAGACCAUGGUGCCGGGGGAGCGGGCCGAGCUGUGGGCCCCGGGCGGGGCCGUCCUGGGGCUGCACCUGGCCUCCUUCGCCCCGGCCCCGGAGCCCUGGCAGCUGGACCCGGCGGAGAAGUGGGCGCUGGCCCUGCGGCACAAGGAGCGCGGCUCGGAGCGCUACCGGGCCGGUGAGGUGGGGGCGGCCGCCCGGCGCUACGCCCGGGCCCUGCAGCUGGCCAUCGCCGCCGGCCCGGCCCCCCCGGCCCCAGAGCACACCCGCCUGCGGGCCGACCUGCAUGCCAACCUGGCCGCCUGCCAGCUGCGGCUCGCCCAGCCGGCCCACGCCGCCCGCAACUGCACCAAGGCGCUGGCACUACGGCCCCAACACGCCAAGGCCCAGUACCGCCGCGGCCUGGCCCGCGCCGCCAUGAACGACCUGGAGGGGGCGGCCGAGGACUUCCGGGGGGUGCUGGCGGCCGAGCCGGGGAACACGGCCGCCCGCAGGGAGCUGGACAGGGUGGGGCAGCGGGCGCGGGAGCGGGACGCCCGCCUGGCCCGGGCCAUGGGCAAGCUGUUCUCCUGAGCGUGCGUGUGCGGUGGGGCAGGGGCCUGGCCCCUCUGGGGGGCGCCAGCUCCCCCCGGCCCCAGGGCAGGGACUGGCUGGCUCAGGGGGGCGGGGAAUGGGGCA